AUGUCUCCAUCCGUCGGAGCACUACUGAAGGGGGGCGAAAAAGUGAACAGUUUUGACUGGAUUCUCAAAGAUGUGAAACAUCUUUUUUGGAUGCCACACGGUCAGCCAGCAAAGAUCAAGUUGGUCGAUGUGGGUCAAAUGUCCCAAGAAAACACGAGAAGUUCUAUCUACGGUAGCUCGAGAACCGACAACAAUGAACCAGAUGCACUGUAA